UACUGCAAGCGGAAGUGGCGUUUGGGCUUCCUGGCGUGCUAUAUCCUUGUUCUGUUGUUUCAACAGUAAAUCCUGUACAAAUGUUUCCACUUGAUACAGCACCUGUUAUGAAUACGCCGUGGAUGAGGAGAUACUGUGACAUAUCUAACUGAGAUAUUUGUAUAUGAAGAAAUCGUGUCUGCUGGAAUUCUUAUACCUACGAUACACUCAGCAUGGUUCCCCCAUCGAAAAGCGUGAGAAUAUCCAUAAACGAUUCGCCCAAAUCUGAAGAAGAUGACAACACAGUUAAACGAGUAAGUUGCUCGUCAAAUUCAUCACGGAAGAAGAAAGAUAUUUCCUGUAGCACGCCGGAAACUGUGCCUCUGACGUUGUUUACUGAAGACUCUAAAUCAUGUCCGGAUUCUAAUACAAGAAAUGAAGCUUCUUUUGGACGCACACCUCUGCAUAUGGCGGCAACUGAAGGGGAAAAUGGCACUGUUAAAUCUCUGCUGAUGAAUUCCAAGAGAGAUAUCAAUGCUGUAGAUGGUGAUGGGUGGACCAGCCUCCACAUGGCUGUGAAAGGUGGACAUUUAGACGUGGUCCGAACCCUCAUCACCGACCACAGGAUUAAUAUCAACGCUGGGGGUGGGUAUGUCGGAUGUACACCUUUACAUCUGGCUGCAAUGAAAGGCCAUCACGAGGUCAUGAAAGAACUUCUUCUGCACAGUAAAAUCAAUGUGAAUACAUUGGACAAGAAUGGUAGUACUGCGUUGCAUGUUUUGACGAAAGAAUCCUGCAAACAUCACGGCGUUGAUAAGAGAUACUUGCAAUGCAUAACAUUGUUGAUGGAGAAGUCAGACCUGAAAGUGAACAAACCUGACAUGUAUGGUCACACAGCUCUGGGUCAUGCUGUAAAGAACGGCAGUAGAACAAUAAUUCAGACCAUCUUGCAGCAUCAUGGGAAACAUCGUUUGAAUCUGGAUACGUCAGGUGCCGAUGAAAUUAAAACUGUUCGUGAAACUAUCCUCUUGCUCUAUCCAGAGUUCAAAGCAAUUCUACCACCACCUUUAUCAGAGGACCUGAAAUCAACAAAUCUUCAAAUUCGAUUGCUUGCAUCAAUCCAACAUGAUUGCCUCGAUACGUUCAAGGAUACGCUGAAGAAGACCUCAGUGAACCUUGAAUACUGGUAUGAUGAGCCAUAUUACUGUACCUGUUUGGAACUCGCCUGCACUCUAGCGGAGAAACAUAAUUAUGCCCGAAUGUUGAUUGACGCUGGAGCCAACGUGAACACGGUGAAUCCAGUAUCAGAUGUUCCCCUGCUCCACAUGGUAGCCAAAAGAGGAAAUUUGGAACCGCUGAACGUGUUACUGAGUGCGAGGAAUGCAGAUGUGAACAUCAAAGACUGCUGCCAGAGGACAGUACUGCAUUGUCUGGCGCGCCUCAGUGUCACGCGUCAGGAGGAAGUUCAAGGACUUCAGCAGAGCUUGGUACAUAUUUUAGAGGGUGAGUGUUCUGCCUGUAGGGUCAUCGAUAUGGACGCAACGGAUGAGUGGGGUAACACAGCUCUACACGUGGCUGCACGAUGUGGUAACAGCGAGGUGGUGGACAUUCUGUUGAGGAAUGGUGCAGACAUUAAUCUAAUGGAUGGUUAUGGGGAAACUGCACUGCACAUUGCGGCUAGAGACGGAAACCAGGAUACAGUAGUCAUGCUAAUGAAGCACGGUGCCGACUUGAUGUUCACCAAGUUCAGGCAACCGCCGUUAUCACAAAUCGAUCGGGUUACACUGAGAAGAUUCUUUGAUGAGUGCUUGGAGACGAAUGAAAAGAACCCACACCACCAGGAUUUUAGACUUACUUUCAAUUACAAUUUUCUGGUACCGAAAAUUAAUAGUAAAUGUAGAAAAGAGAACGCUGAAAUGCCUGUCCUUCUAUACAUAAGUCAAGACAGAAGGUUGCGCCACAUGCUGAAGCACCCUGUAAUUACUAGUUUUCUGUAUCUCAAAUGGAAUUUUGCCCGCUCCUUGUUUUAUAUAAAUCUGCUGUUUUAUAUCGUUUUCUUGUGUUUCCUCACAACGCAUGUCGUGUUAACGGACUAUUCUGGAGGGAGAAUAUGUGACAAUAGAAAUACUAGCUGCAACUGUAACCAGACGGGGAAUGAUACACACGAACUCUCCUGGAAAAGCAACGAUUGCACGGAAAAUAUUACCAACGUUCUGGAGUGUGAGGAAGAAAAGAGGUUGGGCGAUCCACAAAAUGACAACAGAAAUGAGAACACAGAAAAUGAAAUAGUAAUUUUUGGUGAUACGGAAGAAAACAGUACAGCUCCUAGCAACAUAUCAACUGUUGACAAUCAAUCAAACAAAACAGUGACAGACCUGCCUUAUAACGAAAAUGGAACCAACUUUCAACCGCAGUCCGAAAACGGAUCACUCCCAAAUAAUUUAUUGCAGCCAGAUGAAAAUGUAACGGAAACAAAUUCAAAAAAUACUGUGGAGACAGAAAUGGAGCUAGGUAUCAGAUUGGGGCUUACAGUUCUGGUCGCCAUGUUUGCAGUGAGAGAGGUUACUCAAUUUCUCUCUGUUACAAAGCAGUACCUCCAGAGACCCAGCACAUUACUUCGUGUAUCUCACAUAAUUCUGACCGUAAUUUUAUGUGUACCACAGAUUGACAACGCGACGAAACAACACUGCGCCUCUAUUGCGGUCCUGCUCGCCUGGUUUGAGUUCCUCUUACGAAUUGGUUGCAUUCCUGACUGCUCCAUCCUGAUGCAGAUGUUGCAGACCGUAUCUCUUACGUUCGUGAAGUUCAUGUCAUUUUACUCGCCUCUCAUCAUAGCGUUCAGCCUUUGUGUCCACACAAUGUUUCGCAGAUCACGCUCGAAGAUUUUCUAUGAAAACAUCUGGACGACCACGAUGAAAUCAAUACUGAUGCUGAAUGGUGAAUAUGAGGCAUCCGACAUGGAAUUUCAUUUGCUGCCAGUGACCAGCCACGUGAUCCUGGUGCUCUUCAUACUACUUAUAGGUGUAAUACUAUUAAACUUGCUUAGCGGACUGGCUGUAAGUGACACGCAGGCCAUCAAGAACGACGCAGAAACGUUGAGUCUAACUGCAAGGGUGCGUCUCAUCUCCAAUAUCGAGACACUGGUUUGUGGGGCAGCUCAUAGCAAGUGGAUAUUUCCUAGAAUCAUAACAAUUGCAACCCCAAAUUUGUGUUCGGUCUUCAAAUGUUUCCCAGAUAAGCAGGUUCAUGUCUUUCCCAACAGAACAAAAGGUAAUAUUUGCCUGGAUGAGACGGAGCCAAAGAUGAACACAGCAAUGUCCAGGGACAUCAUCAACAGUGCCCUGAAACAAAUUUAUAAAAGAAACGCAUCGCCAUCUAGGGGAAUUGAAAGUGUUCAAGACGCUGUAGUUCGAGCCUGGGGGAGUGAAAAUGGGUCUCUUGUUUCAAAGAGGGUAAAGAAUCUAUGUGAACAGCAAGAAAUUCUGACAACACAAGUCAAGGAGCUGAAAGAGAUAUAUGAAUACAAGUUGACCAGGGUGGAACAGGAAAUGAAGAACGCAAUGGGGAAAGUUGUCGACGAAGUUGUGGCGAAGUACGACUUACUAAGUGCAAAUCAAGAAAAGAUUGAGAAGGAGCUUGUUGGGAAAAGGGCAGACAUGACUGACGUUUUGCGGAAGAGCCAAGGCGGUUUACAAGAAGAACUCCUGAAACAAUCCGAACAGAUACUUCAUCUGGAGAGGAACUUCUCACUGCUGGAAGAAACAGUGAAACACACCAAGGACACAGUGGAUCAGAUAUUUUCCUUGCUCAUUUUACAGCAAGGAAAGCCAUGAAUAGUCACUUAAACGGAUUUCGAAGACAUCGGCUCUAUAGCUACACAGCAUAUAGAAUUAUUUCUUCUAUACUAGCAAUGCUUUUGCCUACGGGCAACGGAAAGUCUCAAAUUUGCGCCUUCAUCUGCUUUUCCGUGAAGUCGUUGCAACUGAUGCGGAAAGAAAGCCGUCAAGUGGCGCCUCUAUCGUCGUUCCCGAGAACCAAGUGGAGCUGAGACGGAGAGGAGGUUACUUUACGUUCUUAUGUAGAGAUUUAUUAGUAUCUUCUUCUCAGAUAAUGAGGUUAGGAGUUACGAUAAUGAGGCUUUGGUAGUGGUGAGAAAGGAGUCGAUUAUGAAGUUAUUAAUUCGAAGAGAAUUACUUAGAAAAAUCUCAGUUAACACUCAUGUCGACGUUUUAACUAAAUAUAUGCAGGAGUGAGAGCAAUACGAUUGAUAAUAUGGUUUCUUACGAGAUCGGAAGUUAAUUAUAAUAUUCUUUGCUGUAUUUACUUGAUCUGUUUGCUACAUAUAAAAGUAGCAUAGUGUUCGCUCCGCGUCGGUUUGCAGCGAGGUCGCAGGAGAGGUGAUGGGAAUGUUGCUUGAAGGCUUGUAUGUACGCUGACCGCAGGGUCUGAUAACGGAUCGUGCGGCACGCAGAAAUUUUAACAUAAAUAUAGCUCUUCUUCCAGAAUUUUUCAAGUUCGUAUUGCGUUUUUUCUUUGCAUUCGAUUUAUCGUUGAAUUUCGUUAAGAUGAAAUAUUUCAUCUACUUUAACAUCACAUACAUUCAUCUACUGAGCAGUUACAUGGCAAAAGAACAGAUUAAAAUGCUUCGAAAAGUUUAAUACAAUAAAGUAUUAAAUAUUAUCUCAUGUUGGUGUGACUAUGGAUGGGGUUUGAACUGGUAAGUGGAUUUAUUGACCACUUACAGAUCAUAACUACAAGUAAUUAUAGCGCUAUCGCUAAUUCGCAAACUCUGCAGUUCCCUACAGCACGUACUACGUCUUUUCAGUCUGCCAUGUCUUCACCAGUCGUUGCCUGGUAACGGUUUCCAACGCCGUAGAUCCCUCAUCUUCCGAUAUCAUAUCCUUACUGGCCGGCGAUUCUCAAGACAUGGUAAUAAGAGGCAAGAAAUUGUUGAUUAUGUAACCCAAAUAAUUUGAUAAGAGGGUAAAUGUUAAACGUAUAAUUGUGCCUGUGCUUAAUUAAGCACUACGUCAUGAAGGUGUAUGGGGCAGUGAAGGCAUGCCUGCACCUUUCUUCACCUAGGAAUUAGAUGGAAGUGAAUGGUCAGCUUCACGCCCCAGCCGCUUUACUCCGAGGAAGA